CGACGUAAUAAAUGAAAUAAUACCUUGAUUUCCAUCGUCUUUCCUGGGAUUAAAAAAGAAAUUCCAUAUAUUCGUCGGGUUCGCAACUCAGGGAGACUUCAAGGCAUCAUGGGCCAUCCAUUCCACCCCGACGACUUCCCCAUCAACGAGGACGUAGUCCUCCAACCUACGCAAGUCUUCUUCCUCAAAGGAUGCGUACACUUCAAAACAACCGCCAAAAUACUCAACCUAUCCGGCCAAGUCCGGGCGCCCUUCUCGGGGGACUUUAACCACGCAUUCCUCGACGACACGGAGCGAGCCGCGCAGAAACAACUCCAGAGCAACAGCCCCCCCGCCUACGAAAUCAAGUCCUCGGGCAACAUGAUGCGCACGCUGAAGACGAUGGUAGACGGGCGCUCCGGCGACAAGGUGUGCGACCUCAACAUCACGUUCGUGUCCUUCGACUCGUCGCGCGUGCGCUUCCCCCCCGGCAGCAAGCACUCCCGCCACGAGGUCGAGAUGUGUCCCGUCGGCGGCAGCUCGCGCGACGAGGACAGCAAGCACGAGGCGUUUGUCAGGCACAGCAUUCCGUACUUCUGGGACAUGACGCACGGCCGCGUGGGGAUCUUGUACAAGUGUCUGAACCAGAAGCGCGUGGAGGUUGGCCGGGUCGCGGGCUUUGGGUUUGACAAGGACGCCGUGCUGGUGCUUAAUGGCGAGGAGUUGGAUGACGUGGUGGCUAUCUCGACGUGUAUUGUCUUGUUGAAUGGUCGAGAUGCUAUGGAUGCUUGAGUCGGCUUAAAGGGAGCGGAAAACGGGCAUGGUUUUAAUUAACUGGCUUGUAAUCGAAUUUGUAAUUAUAUGCUGUUCUAAAUAAUAUAUUCUUCUACAUAAAACCCCAUCGUU